AUGAACGCCAACGACCUGGCUUUGGAUGCACUACACCACUACGUGCAGCCGAGCACGGGAAGUCCGUUCCAAGCGGAGUUUCAUUCGGCGUAUACGGCGCUAUGUGCGAACGUGAUUGCCAAUGUUUAUCGCGAGUACGAGCGGACUGGGUAUCUGUGGGAACAGUACAGCGGUGACAUUCACAAUGAACAGCGGUACGGUCAAGGGCAACAAUGUCAUGCGUUCACGGACUGGACAUCGAUUGUCGGGCAGGAAUCUACUAGAAAUAUGACGUCAAGAAAGAAAUGA